UCGUAGACUUGAGUGUAGGCCCGCUGUCAUCCACUGGUGCAAGCCGCCAUGUCGAAGUCGUGGCCGCACCGCAAGUUUCUACUCCGUUCUAGCACGUCCAAAUCAAGUUCUUCCUUCUUAAAACUUCCUAGAGCGAUAUAUAAGGGUCUAUGCUAGUCGACAAAAUAGUACUGUGAUUUCGAACGUGGUUGUAGUGAGUUAAAUCCGUGUGGAGAUCCAGCCGCCCUCCCCACGUCUCCAGUUCAACUCUUCCCGCUCAUGGCGGCCACGCGCAUAUUAAUGAGCAUCGUGACGUCACCAAGCUGAAGCUCUGGAGACAUGCAUGCGAUUUGAUAAAGAAACAGCCCGGUGGAUGCAGAAUUCACAAGACAUCAAACCUAUGAGAAGUGCGACUAAAGUGUUUCCUGGAUGAAGAAUAAAGCCGGCGACCGUGACAUUUGGUACUUUGAGUCCUACUAUUUCUGCCUCACAGUGACGACUACUGUUGGAUAUGGAUAUGUCUAUCCCGUCACAGCUGGUGGGAAGUUUUUCACCAUAUUUUACGCCCUCUUCACCAUCCCCUUGCUGGUCAUCACUCUGGCAGACAUCGGAAGGAAGCUGGCAAACCUUAUUGGCAUAGCGGAGACUAAAGCCCUCGGACGGGUGAAGAAUCGCCACCUACGUUUCCUAGUGGUCAUCACAAUGACGAUGUUCUCCGGUAUUGUCGUGUUCUUGCUCAUCCCUGGCGGCAUCUUCGUCGCAUUGGAGGAAUUCUGGUCAUUCAUGGACGGAUUUUGGUAUGCAUUCGCGACGCUCAGCACCAUCGGUUUCGGUGACAUAAUGGCCGGGAUGAGUUACGAGGUUGGCCCGAUGGGAUCUGCCGCCAGCAACGUCUACAUCGUGGCCAUAUCCAUGUACACACUGUUGGGGCUGACCUGGCCGGCCACACUCUGGGUCCUGGUGGCUGACUACCUGUACGGGUCAAAGGGCACGGAGCAGGGACAAGAGGAGGGGCAGAAGACCGAGGCUGUUGCGAUCUAGAAAAACGCACAUAGGUUUAAUGUCGCACUCAGGUUUUCUGAACGCAUGAUACUUACUUUUGAACUAACCUGAUUACUUGAAGAUAUCUGUUAUUACCAGUCACUGAUAACCUUUCAACGAGAUUGUUCAUAGCAAGGUCAAAAGACCACUAAAAAGUUGGAAACAAUUGUACACGGAGAUAACGGUGGACAUUUGUUUUGAAUGUUGAUAACUAAUGGAUUUCAUGUGCUAAUAUUUUUCAGACUUACAGACAAAAUUAAUUGUUGAACUAACUAUUAGCGCGGUAAAGAAAAAUAGAUGUUAUGUCCAAAACUGUUGACUAUUUUGAGCGACCAAACGAGAGAGAGAAGUUCACAUCCUAAUAAAUGUAAUAUCUUGCACCUCUA